AUGGAUGAGAUACGAAUUCCACUGCACUUAUUACCGGAAGAUGGACUUGCUGACAGAGAUUUCAAUUUGCUUUCCCGUGGUGACUUUGGGACAACCUUUACACUCAGUGAGUUGCGAUUGGUCGCCGGGACAGCAACGGCCACUUUCAAACGUGUUCGAAUCGAUCCACCAACUGCGGACACGGAGCUAGACGCUAGAUUUCUGAAGGAGCUACAUCUUUCACAGAAUUAUAAACACUCAAAUAUCAUUACAUUUUAUGGAGAUUACGGGGAGCCAUCAACUGAUGAUCCGACAAAGUUCACUCAUUACUGCUGGAUUAGCGAGCGGAUGGAUCCUUUGGAGAAAUACUAUGAAAGCCAGCGUCAACGAGAUUGUGAAGCCAAUGGGCACGGAUUUGCAGUAAGAGACAUUCGCCUCCUGUGUGAGCUGAUGACUCAGCCACUGCGAGCUCUCGACUAUCUGCAUUUGUUUGGAGUUUUUGGCUUGAACCUCUCUCCCAGAAGCAUUAGCAUAAAAGAGGUCGAAGGAGGUUUUAUGGUGAAAAUCUCGGACUUCGGAUUGAUAAAUGAUGAAAUCCAUUGUCACACAAAGGACCUCAACGCGCUUAUCUACAAAUCGAUCGAGGUUUUGGAGGGGAAACCAGUCGGCAGCUGUGCUGAUAUUUGGGCUAUUGGGACAAUCGCAAUCGAAUUUCUUGGAGUCCAACUUUUCAUGCCAACCGGGAGUGUGGAAGAGAUUGCAGAAAAAAUUGCCCAAAACGGACCAGCGAAAGUUGUCUUGGAACGAAUCGAGACUGUGCACGAGGACUUUGAUCAAAUCUCUAAUGAAUGGCGAGGCAGAGUUGAGGAAGAUUGGGGAGCAAUCAGCAUAACCAACUUCACAAAAUUAGCAAAAUCGAUGCUGGAGCGGAGACCUGAGGAUCGACCAAUCGUCGAAAGUUGUCUAAAGGAUGCAUUCUUGAUAGAGUGCAAUGUGAAAUACGAGAGGCUCGAAUUGCAAAUGAAUGAGGAGGCGAGGAUACAAAAGAUACAAAAAGAGAUUCUCGCUGAUAUUGUGGAUUUUGAUGGUUCAAGCAGUUUGCUGAGGAAUUUAGAGUCUGAUUCAAGAGUGGCUAGGCCAAUUUGGAACACUACUGCUCUAGCAAGACUGAGCGGCGACGAGUCUCCAUUUUUCGACGAAGAUGAUCUCUUGGCCCCACCACCUGUUUCUUUUACACCCACAAAUUCACCG